UCAGAGCAGACACAAUGCCAGCCCUCCUGCUGCUGGGGCUCCUCGUGGCCACGCUCUGCCCAGCUGUCCUCUGCCACCCAGUGGCCACAGCUGUCCCUCAGGAUGCCCGCCGGGAGGACACAGCUGAUGCGACACGCCUGGUGGGGCUGGUCUCCAGCAAUGCUGACUUUGCCUGCAGCCUCUACAAGCAGCUGGCCUUGCUGAACCAGGACAAGAACAUCAUCUUCUCCCCACUGAGCAUCUCCACUGCCCUGGCCUUCCUGGCCCUGGGGGCCCGAGGCUCCACACUCACGGAGCUUCUCCAAGGCCUCAAGUUCAACCUCACUGAGAUGCCUGAGAAGGAAAUCCACCAGGGCUUCCGGCAGCUCCUGCUCACCCUGCGCCAGCCCCAAGAGCAGCUGCAGCUCAACCUGGGCAAUGCGCUCUUUGUUGGCUUGAAGCUGCUUCCGGACUUCGAGAAGGGCGCCCAGGAGCUGUAUGCUGCCGAGGCCUUUGACACCAACUUCCAGGACCUGGACGCUGCCAAGAAGCUCAUCAAUGACUACGUGGCUGAGAAAACCCAGGGCAAAAUCGUGGACCUGUUUGACAGCCUUGACGAUGAUACUGUGAUGGUCCUGGUGAAUUUCCUCUUGUUCAAAGCUCACUGGAAAGAGCCCUUCAACACCAGGGCCACAAGCCGGAACAGGUUCUACUUAAAGAAGGACAAGUGGGUGGAUGUGCCCAUGAUGUUCAAAAACAACUUGAACACACCCUACUUCCGGGAUGACGAGCUGUCCUGCACUGUGGUGCAGCUCAACUACGUGGGCAACGCCAGCGCCUUCUUCAUCCUCCCAGAUGAGGACAAAAUGCAGGAGGUGGAAGCCAGCCUGUCGCUGGAGACCCUGAGGCGCUGGAGAGACUCGGUGAAGACCACAUGGAUCACUCAACUCCGCCUGCCCAAGUUCAGCAUCUCCGGUGAGUUCAACCUGAAAGACGUGCUUCCCCACCUGGGCAUCAGGGAAGUCUUCACCAAUCUGGCCAAUUUUUCUGGAAUCACAGAGGAGAAGAACAUCAAGAUCUCAAAGGCAGUCCACAAGGCUGUGCUUGAUGUGGCGGAGACGGGCACGGAAGCAGCUGCUGCCACUACAUAUGGGUCUAUAGCAGGGUAUGCAUUUUUUGGCCCCCGGACCAUUGUGCAUUUUGACCGGCCCUUUCUCAUAGCCAUCGUUUCUACUGACCCACCAAGUAUCCUCUUUCUGAGCAAAGUCACCAACCCCUUGCAAGCCUAGAGCUCCCUGCUGGAUGGCAGGAAGCACAGCCAUGGCUUGAGCUCCUGGGUCCAGCCAGACCUCUGUGUCCCAGGAUGCUGUGCCAGGCCUGGCUGUUACUGCUCUGUGUCCUUGUGAAGGUGACAGUGGUUUCUAUUGGGGUAGCUGCACAUGCUCAAGGAGCCCAUGGGUAGUCCUUCCAGAAGUUUUGUGAUCAUCUAAGAGCAAUAAAGCCUUUGG